AAGACUGGUGAUUUUUCUCUUCCCCUGCAAAACCCCCAGAAAACCCUGCAAUUGGCCCACGCCCCUUCUUCUCCUUUCUCCUUCGCUCACCUUCUCCAUUGUCUUGCUUACCACGAAGAAACCCACUCACCCUCUGAACCAGUCAACCCCCAAAUUCCAAAUCCCAACUCAAAUCCAAGUAUGGAGAAAUCGAGCGGCUCAUAAAAAAAAAUGGCUACUUUUCUAUAUUCAGUUCAAAUCCAUUAUAUACGAGGGUGAGCAUGGUAUUUAGAAUACCCAUCAGCUAACCCACCUGUCACUCCAAUUCUGACUUCCCAUUCCUCCAUUGCCAUGCUAAAUCAUAGCCUAGUUUGGAAGCCAGUCUCUCAACUUGGCUGAGGGUUGCAUCCGAACCAUUCCUCAAAAUGACGUCGUUUCGGCUCUUGUCUCGGGCAUCGCGUAGGCUUCUGAAGCCUCCUUCACUCUCUCGCUCCCAUCUCUCUGCUGCAGUCUCUACCUAUCACCCAACCACCAAACCCAGCCCUAAAGAAACGCCUUUCAUCCCUUUUAAUCUCAGGCACCGUUGGAUUCCCGGUUAUCAUCUUGAUUCUGAUCUCAGGCUCGUAGCGCACAUAUCCACUUCAUCGAACAAGGACGACGACCGGGUCAGCGAUGACCCGAAAGCCCAAGCUUCUUGGAUCGACGCUUAUUUGCCCAGGCAGGCCCGCCCUUAUGCUAAGCUCGCUCGCCUCGACAAGCCCAUUGGCACCUGGUUGCUUGCUUGGCCUUGCAUGUGGUCAAUAACAUUGGCAGCAACCCCAGGACACCUUCCUGAUAUUAAGAUGUUGACACUAUUUGGAUGUGGGGCUUUGCUUUUAAGGGGCGCUGGAUGUACCGUAAAUGAUCUCCUUGAUCGGGAUAUUGACACCAUGGUGGAACGUACAAAGUUGCGGCCAGUUGCGAGUGGUCUUUUGACACCUUUUAAAGGGUUGUGUUUUCUUGGAUUUCAAUUGCUUUUGGGUCUUGGAAUUCUCCUCCAACUGAAUAAUUAUAGCCGUGUUUUGGGGGCUUCGUCUUUGUUGCUAGUUUUCUCCUAUCCCCUCAUGAAAAGGUUGACAUUCUGGCCUCAAGCAUACCUAGGUUUGACCUUUAACUGGGGAGCUUUGUUAGGAUGGGCUGCAAUUAAAGGAAGCAUUGAUCCAGCUAUAGUACUUCCAUUGUACAUUUCUGGAGUAUUUUGGACACUUGUGUAUGAUACGAUAUAUGCGCAUCAGGAUAAAGAAGAUGAUCUGAAGGUUGGUGUCAAAUCUACCGCUUUGAGGUUUGGUGAUUCAACAAAGGAGUGGAUUACUGGGUUUGGAAUCCUGUGCAUCAGUAGUCUUGCCCUCAGUGGAUAUAAUGCCGAAAUUGGCUGGCCAUAUUAUGCACUUUUGGCAGUUGCAUCUGGACAAUUAGCUUGGCAGAUAUGGACAGUUGACCUUUCAUCCAGGCUUGAUUGCAAUAGAAAGUUUGUGUCGAACAAGUGGUUUGGUGCUAUUAUUUGCAGUGGAAUCUUAUUGGGAAGACUUUCAUCAUAGGGCAUUAUUUAUAUGGCCAAAGUUCAGAUGAUUUAUGGGGUACUGCUUGUUGAAUUUGCAAGGAAUAUCCCCAAACGGAGGUAGCAGAACCAUUGCUGUGCAGCAUUCAAAUUGCAGGGAUUUGUAUGUCACAUCUAUAGUCGUCAAGAACUGAGAUACACAUCAAACUAGAGUGAUAGACCCUUUCCUUGGGGGUGUUUGAAAUUAAAUGUAUUAUUGAUACCUUUUUUUUGGGGGGGGGGUAAUAUUGUACUGUUUUCCAUUGUUGUAAUAUCAUUCUUUCAGUAGUUGAGGAUAUUGUUGUAAGAUCAUGCUGGUUUUUAAGGGUCCUCCCUCUUCUU